AUGGGUUUUGAUGUGCAAUUGGAACGACCGUAUUAUCAAGCUGGACAACUUUUGGAGGUGAGAAUUUUUUAUCUAAAAAAAAAUCUGAAUAACUCAAUUCUAGGGUCAAUUUACAUGCGAUUUGUUAGACGUGGAUUUAGUCGAAGGUCGAAUUUUAGGAGAAGCUGAAUUCAAUUUCAGCGAUCAUCAAAAAAGUUCACCAUCUUCUAGAAUUUUGGUGGAUGAGAGGGUGGAACUUUGGAGAUACUGUACUUUGAGCCAACUACUGGGUUUGGAUGAAAAUCAAAAUCAAAAUCAGAAUGAAAAUAUAACUUCGGAUAACUCAAAAAAGGGGCGAAGUUUUCCUAUUCGAAUUUUGGUGCCGAAAUUCGCACCGCCAACAUUUCAAUGCGCUGGAUCGCCGAUAAAUGUCAAAUAUUUUUUACAAAUUCGAAUUUUGAAAGGUGGUGAAGUUAUUGGAACUCAUGAAGAGCCGCUGGUUAUUUUGGGGAAUUCGAUGAAUUUCAAAAAAUUUGCUGCAAGUGGAGGAGGAAAGCCAAUUGUUUAUAGGAAGGAUUUCUAUUUUUCAAAGUGAGUUUUUUGGGAUCAGAAAUUUUCUAUCCAUUUUUUCCUCAGAGAUCGCUCAAUUUCUGCCGAAAUUCAACUAAAAAACGACAUUUUCUCAACGACUGACAAAAUCGAAACAUCGAUAAAAAUUGGAAAUCAAUGGAAACAGAGUCUAAAAUAUGUACAUUUGAAUAUUGUCCGACGAAUUUCGACGCUGAAUUUUGAAAAUGAAAUUCUUGAGACCAUUAAAAUCGAUACCACAGGAGUUGGACUUCCAUCUUCAAAGCACAAAAUUUCAGUCGGCGAGGCUUAUACAUUUCAGCCCAGUUUCAAUAUUCCAGCUUUGCCACCGAACAUUAAAGUAGAUCAACUAUUUCGAACCGAUUAUAGCCUUAAAAUAUCAAUUGGCCGAGCUCACAAUUUCAUUUUAUCGAGUUUUGAAAUUCCGAUUACGAUAACUACAAAUGAGCUGAAGUCCUGUAGAGAUUGUAAGUUUUAGGACAAAAAAUCGGAAUAAAAAACGUUAUUUCAGCAAUUCUGGUCGAUAUCUCUGCCACGUCAUCAAUCAAUAAUUUAAAUCUUUUAUGA